AUGAAAACAAAAAUGAAAAUACUUUGUACAGGAGGUGCCGGGUAUAUUGGAAGCCACACUGUAGUUGCACUUGUAGAGGCUGGAUACAUACCACAUAUACUAGAUAAUUUAUCGAAUUCUGACAUAGAGGUUGUUAAAAGAAUUGGACAGAUUACUGGUACUACUAUACCAUUUUUUAAGAUUGAUAUACGUGAUAAGGAUGCCUUAUUUGAUUUAUUUAAGAAAGAGAAAUAUGAUGCUGUAAUUCACUUUGCAGGGUUAAAGGCUGUUGGAGUGUCAGUAUUACAACCACUUGAAUACUAUGAAAAUAAUGUCGUUGGAACUAUUAGAUUAUUAGAAGUUAUGAAGGAAGUGAAUUGCAGAACUCUUGUAUUCUCAUCCAGUGCAACUGUAUAUCAGCCUAAAUCAACUAGUCUAGUUGAGGAUGAUCCACUAGGUGCCUCUAACCCAUAUGGACAAACAAAGCUAUUUAUCGAGACAAUUAUGAAAGAUCUUUACUUCUCAUCAAUGAACCUCAAAUUCUCAAUCCUUCGAUACUUCAACCCUGUUGGCUGCCAUCCAUCUUGUAUCAUAGGAGAAAGCCCAGAAGAGCCUAAUAAUCUCCUGCCAUAUAUCCAGCUCGUCUCAAUAGGCAGAAAACCCCAUUUGAAUAUAUUUGGGAGUGAUUGGCCAACUCCAGAUGGUACAGGAAUAAGAGACUACAUACAUGUAAUGGAUCUUGCUGAAGGCCACGUUAAAGCAUUGGAGAAACUUUUUAAAGCUCCUUCAAAUGAAAAAGUCCUUGAUAUUUAUAACUUGGGUUGUGGCUCUGGUGUCUCAGUUCUUCAAAUGAUUAAAUACUUUGAAGAAGCAAGUGGAGUAGAAAUACCUUAUUACUUUACAGAUAGACGCCCAGGUGACUUGGCUAGUGUAGUUGCAAAUCCUCACAAAGCAGAAUGCGAACUAAACUGGAAAGCAACAAGAAGCAUCUUUGAUGCCUGCAAAUCAUCAUAUAAAUGGCAGAGUAAUAACCCACUAGGGUAUUCUAAAGUGAAAAGUGAUAUUUGA